CCUUUAUUGGUGCGAGUAGGUAGUACCUAGGGUAUAUUCAUUACGCCGAUUCUACAGAAACAGUUUACUCUAAACGGAAAACGUUUUGCAAGGAAAUAAGAGUUUCUAUUGGACAAAUUCAGGCAGGUCCCGUUCUUAUUAUACCUCAGCGGUAGGUCCCACCCCGUUUCGUUUGCUCCCGUUUGGCUCUUAAACUGUAAACGGUUUCCGGUGCAAGACGUAAUGAAUACACCCCUGUUGGUGUACAUCUCCCUCGACCAGUUUGUUAUUGUGGAAUCCUGUCACACAACCGGAGUCUCAAAGGUUUCGACUGAUUGAGCUUUUGCGUAAAGCGCCCAAACACUCCGCUCAUUCGACGCCAUGGACGUUGGUCAAGCAUGCCCCCCCGCCCCCACUCUCUCUCUUGACCCAGACAUCAACCUGAACUCCCCCAACAAGGGCCUGGGCCCUGCAGGAGGAGCAGACCCCGUGACUGACGUCCCCGUGGAGGGCGGAGCCAUGGGGGUAGGAUCCGUCAACACGCUGCCCCCAGGGCUCACAGAGGAGGAGGCAGAGGAGCUCCGCUCUGAGCUAGUCAAGGUGGAAGAGGAGAUCAACACCCUGAGACAGGUGCUCCUGGCCAAAGAGAAACAUUCUGCUGAUCUGAAGAGGAAGCUGGGCCUGAGCCCCCUCAACGAGCUCAAACAGAACCUCACCAAGGGAUGGCAGGACGUCCAGACUUCCAACGCAUUUCUUACAGCGUCUGCAACUUUGGAUGACAUUGCCCAAUCGGAAGCAUAUAAGAAGACUCAGGAGACCCUGUCUGUGGCAGGACAGAAGACCACCGCUGCCUUCUCCACCAUGGGAACUGCCCUCAGCAGGAAACUGGGAGACAUGAGGUUGUAUAAGUUUGUUUGGUGUGGCCACAACAACCCUCUUUCUGGUGAGAGUUAUUCCUGCCAGAUUUUGCUUUGACUUACCUAGCUCACCUGAUUCAGCUAGUCAGCUGUUCACCUGGGGCCUCAUUUAUAACCGUUGGGUAAAUUUGACACCAAAUAUCUGCAUGUGUCAUUUCUGAAAAGACUGUGUGCGAAAAUAUUGAUUUAUAAACUUGCCGUAUGCCAUACAACGUAUAUUUCCUGUUAUGAAUCAGACCUGUCGUUAAACUGUGCGUGCGUCAAGGUUUUUUUUUUGGUGACAAUCUGCUCAAUCGUCUCGUUUUUUGCUGUGUACUUAUUAGGACAAGACACAAUCUAAAGGAAAUAUGUCAGGAAUUGACAUAAAAAAAAAAUAAAAAUGAAAUGGAUGCCUAUUUCUAAUUAUUUUAGAAUGCAAAGAUAAUCAAUUUAUUUUUUUCGCUCAUCUCACUAACAUCAAAUUAUUGCAUGUUAUUAUAUUUAGUUUCCUUAAAUAAAUGUGUGUGUAUAUAUAUAUUAUAUAUUUUUUUUUAUGAAUAAUUCUCAUAUUCCUGCACAAGGCUAUUAUAGGCUGCUGUUGCCUUCUGGGAAUGCAAUACUUCAACCACUAGACACUGUGCAUAUGCAUGGUCUAAAGUUUGCGGGAGGAUAAGCACAUGCUCACGUCAAGUUCCGUUUUUAUACAGUACCAGUCAAAAGUUUGGACACUACUCAUUCAAGGGUUUGUCUUUUAUUUUUAAUAUUUUU